AUGGCAAUCAAGAAAUGGCGCAUGCAUGUGAAAGAUUGUUCUACGUACUUUUAGAAGGAUGCCCUUACUAAGUCCAUUAUUUUCCUAGAAGCACAAAGAUCAGGAAAACUUCCUCCAAACCAUAGGCCACAAUGGAGAGGAGAUUCUGGUCUCGACGAUGGUAAACUUGCAAAUGUGGACCUUGUUGGGGGAUAUUAUGAUGCAGGAGACAAUGUGAAAUAUGGACUGCCAAUGGCUUUUACUGUCACCACUCUGGCUUGGGGUGCUCUCGCUUAUCACAAAGAGCUCCAUGCCACAGGCGAGCUGCCCCAUGUACGUUCUGCCAUUAAAUGGGGCACAGAUUAUUUUCUUAAAGCCAGUUCCAGGAAGAACCGUUUGUACGUGCAGGUGGGAGACCCAGUGCUGGAUCAUCAAUGUUGGGUUAGACCAGAAAAUAUGAGGACACCAAGAACUGUGUUGAGGAUUGAUGAGAAUAACCCAGGAACAGAGAUUGCAGCUGAAACUUCAGCUGCAAUGGCUGCUGCUUCCAUUGUAUUUCGACACACUAAUCGUACCUAUUCCCGUAGACUCCUCAACAAAGCCAAGUUGCUGUUUGAAUUUGCUAAAACACACAAGAAAACCUUUGAUGGAGAAUGCCCAUUUUAUUGCUCUUUCUCAGGCUACAAUGAUGAGCUGUUGUGGUCAGCAACAUGGUUGUACAAGGCCACCAAUAAGCCUAUGUACUUAAAGUACAUCAAAGAAGAAGCCACUAGUGCUGCUGUGGCUGAGUUUAGCUGGGACCUUAAAUACGCUGGAGCCCAAGUCCUCCUCUCUAAGCUGUAUUUUGAGGGAGUGAAGGAUUUGGAAUCCUAUAAGAAAGAUGCUGACAGUUUUAUAUGCUCAGUGCUCCCUGGUAGCCCCUUCCAUCAAGUAUAUAUCUCUCCUGGUGGUAUGAUUAACUUGAGAGAUGGGGCCAACACUCAAUAUGUUACCAGCACAGCUUUCUUGUUUAGUGUCUACAGUGAUAUCCUUGCCGAACACAAUCAAAAAGUACAGUGUGGAAACCAAGCAUUUGACUCUACCCGCGUCAUGGCAUUCGCCAAGCAACAGAUAGAUUACUUGCUAGGGAGCAACCCUGAAAAAAGAUCAUAUAUGGUAGGGUUUGGACACAAUCCACCAGUGCAAGCACACCAUAGAGGCGCUUCUGUUCCAGUGAUGUCUACUAAUACAAUAGUGAACUGUGGCAAGAGCUUUGCUAACUGGUUCAACAAGGAUGCACCAAACCCUCAUGAACUAACUGGUGCCUUUGUGGGUGGACCUGACCGGUUCGACAACUUUGUUGAUAAGCGUUGGGAUUCAUCUAAAACCGAGCCUUGCACGUACGUUAACUCUAUUUCAGUUGGUGUUUUGGCAAAGCUUGCAACAGAUGGCCGUGUCUAA